UUUUUCUGAAGCUAAAAAAGAAAUAAGUGCACCGAAAUUGUGAAAAUGCCAAAUGUGUGUAAUGUGCUUUCAAGAACCUAUGGUCUGGUUAUCGGAGUCCUUUCCAUUAUAUUGUGCUUAUGGGGCUUAUGGAAAGCGUACAGUAUACGGAGUGAAGAAAAUUCAUCGAUUAAAAUUUCCAAGACUGUUGUAGAGGCUGCGGCCGUGGGGUGUUUGAUCAAUGUUUUUGCAUCUGUGUUGCUGCUCCUGGGAAUAGUUGCGCAACGCCAUCGUUUGCUGUGGCCCUGGCUGAUUAAUAAUGGACUGUUCAUUUUCCUCGGAUCUAUUGGUUUAGUGAUUCAACCGGCUGAAUAUAUCCCGCGUUGUGUAGGUGGACUCUUUCUCUUGUGUUUUCUGUACUUUUUAAUGUACUUGGUCUACGAGGAAAUCCAAGGUUCCAUAGGAGGAGGUUACUCCAGACCACGGGUGGUUGCGAUGCAAUCCCAGACUAUGAAUAUAUAUUAAAAAAACAA